CGGUCAAGCUUCCGGUCAUAUGAAACCCGGGUACACAAAGAGGAAGUAUGGAAUACAGUUAUUCCGCUGUUUGGAGCAGUUUAAGUCUAGCAGCGGAGUGAGGAGGCACAGCAAGGGAAAAUCAAUGGAGGAGGAAUUGAACCACACAUCAGCAUUUGAGAAAGAUCCGUUCAAGCUCACAGCUGAAGAUGUCUACGAUAUGUCUUAUGUCAUUGGCCGUGAUUUAUUCAAACUCAGUAGCUCAGAAGACAGCCGUACAGUCUCCGAGCUGCAAUAUAAAGUAAUCAGAGUUCUAGAAAUAUUCGAGUUGCUGGUGGACAGGCAGAACCUAACAGUCGAGAAACUGAAAAUUGAACGGGACAACCUGAGGAAGGAAACAGAAAGGCUUCACCGGGAACUGCAAGUGGCAACAAGCGAUUCAGAGAAGCAGCAGAAGAAUGGGUCAGACAAACUGGUGGUCGAUGUUAAUGACCCAAAUCGGCCUCGUUUCACGCUCCAGGAACUGACGGAUGUGUUGCAAGAACGCAACAAACUUAAAGCUCAAUUACUUGUUGCUCAAGAAGAACUGGAAUGUUAUAAAAGCGGAUUAGUGUCCACAAAGGAUCCACAAAGACUGGAAAAGAAGGCAUCUGGUGCAAAUCGUGAAAGUGAACAAACUACGGUUAAGAAACUGUUUUCUCUUAAAUAUCGAAAAAAUCAUUAAGCAUGCGGGACACAAGGAUCUUUAAAAAGGUUCUGAGUACUCAUUAUUUUCGUAGUCAUAAUACUCAUUAUUUUCUUAAACAGAAUGUAUUGAUGCAGGAAUUUUCAAAGUUUAAUUUUCUAAGAAUCCAAAAAAUAGGUUUUGUUACUUGUAAUUUUUUUUUAAAAAGCUGUAUUUGUUUUUCUAUGUAGAGCAAGACUGCAAAAAGAAAUUAAAGUAGAUUUAAUUUCUAA